AUGUCAAUCACCAACGAAUCCAUUUGGGCUGCAAGCCCCUCCACCACCCGCGGCCAGCCCACCCAGCUUUCGUCCGAUGCCAAGGGCGAGCGACUUGCCUAUGCUUCGAACAAAUCCAUCUUCCUGCGUUCAAUCGACGACCCCGCAAUCGCCAGACAGUACACCGAACACAAGGCCCACACAACUGUCGCUCGGUUCUCUCCCUCUGGAUUCUAUGUCGCCAGUGGUGAUGCCACCGGCACUGUGAGAGUAUGGGAUUGUGUCGGCGAGGGCAUCACCAAGGGGGAAUACAGCAUUGUCAAUGGCCGCAUCAACGACCUGGCCUGGGACGGCGAUUCGCAGCGCAUAAUUGCCGUCGGUGAUGGAAAGCAACGAUUUGGACACUGCAUCACCUGGGACAGUGGAAACACCGUCGGAGAGAUCUACGGCCACACCCAACAGAUCAACUCGGUGUCAAUCAGACAGCAGAGGCCUCUUCGCGCUGCCACCGCUGGUGACGAUAAGAAGCUGGUCUUCUACCACGGAGCGCCUUUCAAGUUCAACAUGGGAGUUCCCGACAAGCACACGAACUAUAUCUACGGUGUUGGAUUCAGUCCGGAUGGUUCGAACCUGGUCAGUGUGGGUGGCGACCGCAAGAUCUGGCUGUACGAUGGCAAGACGGGAGAGACCAAGGGUCAGAUCGGCGAAGGAGAACACAAUGGCAGUAUUUUCGGUGUCUCUUGGUCGAAGGACUCUCGGAAGUUCGUGACCGCAAGCGCUGAUCGAACCGUCAAGAUCUGGGAUGUGGAAGCUGGCAAGUCAACACAGAGCUGGACUCUGGGCGAGGAGGGUGCCAUGGCUGUCCGUGACCAGCAAGUCGGUGUUGUCUGGCCCCCGGGCAGAAGCGACAACCUUCUCAUCAGUUUGUCUCUCAGCGGUGACCUGAACUAUCUGGUUGAAGGCACCCCCAAGCCCCGGCAGGUUGUUCAGGGCCACCAGAAGAGCAUUACGUCCAUGAACCAGUCAAUUCUAGACAAUAAGGAGACCUUGUGGACCGGUAGCUUUGAGGGUCGCGUCUGCAGCUGGGAUGUUGGUUCUGGCACCGCCGGCGAGAUUGAGGGCGAGGGGCAUCCCGGUUACAUUGCCGGCCUAGCCACCACAUCGGAGGGCACCGGAAGAAUUUACAGUGUCGGCUGGGACGACACCAUUCGCUCCAUUGAUGCUGCCGCUAAGACUUACACUGGCAGCUCUACCAAGCUUACAGGUCAACCUAAAGGCGCUGCCGCCGGAGAUUCGACUGUGCUGGUCGCUGCCGCCGAGGCAGUUGAGAUUUUCCAGGAUGGCAAGAAGACUGGAGAAUACAAGACCAAAUUCCCCGUCACCAAUGUUGCGGCUCAUGGGACGGUUGCAGCCGUUGGCGGCGAGGACGGAUCGGUCCAAAUCUGCAGCGUCUCCAGCUCGAGCUUGUCGCCUCAGACAGACAUCAAGGCCUCUCGUAACCAAGUUUCCACACUCGCCUUCUCUCCAGACACUUCGCUUCUGGCGGUUGGCGAUCAAAAGGGACGCGUCCUGGUCUUCAAAGUCGCCGAUGGCAGCCUGGUCACAGAUCGAUGGACCGCCCACACGGCACGCAUCACAUCACUUGCUUGGAACAAGGACGGCACUCACGUGGUGAGUGGAUCGGUGGAUACCAACAUCUUCGUCUGGAGCUUGGCCAACCCUGGCGACUGGCUGGAGCUCACGAACGCCCACAAGGAGGGCGUCAACGGCGUGGCGUGGAUCGCCGGAAGCUCCAAGAUCGCAUCGGCAGGAGCUGAUGCCGCAGUGAAGGUGUGGAAAGUGGAGGGCCUGAAAUAA